AUGAAAUUAUAUUUAAAUAGUUACUGGAAAGCGGACGUACGAAUUGAAUGGGUGACAGAAGACACGAAAGAAAUAAAGUACGUUAAGCAGACGGACGGGCGGAGAGAAACGACACUGACAUUUCAAAAGUUUUUAUCUUUUUUCUUUUCUUUCUUGUGUAGACAAGGUUCUCUUCUUGGUGACCAAACUCCCUUCUUUCUUUACUUAUUUUCCUCCCGUCCGCCGGGAAAUUACGCCUUUCUUUUACGGCCGCUAGAAGGGGAAAAUUUACUUAAACACGCGCUCCGAACUCCACUUAUGAACUUCUUUUCAACUUUCUUUUCUGGGGCUUCUUCGAGAGGACUUCUCAAAACUUUCUCUGAAGGGGAAACUUGCCCUCAGCAACUUUCUUACUCAUGCAUCCUUCUCUUAUGGGCAAACGCUGCCUGCCUUUUCAGCAGGGAGAGAAAAUAA